AUGGAUACACCAGGUAAGUGAUCUCUGUGUUUUGUGUUUUGGAAGCUCAUCCUGCAGGGCUGUAUAUACUGAGCAUUACUAGGGAGUAUCUCACUUUAUAGCUGAUUACUUCUGUGAUGGUCUUAGAAGUUCCUCACUGACUCUGUUACUGUUUGACAGAACUCAUCCAUGAUAUUAAUAGGGACACUAUAGUCACCAGAAUCCCUACUACUUAAGGCAGUGGUUCUGGUGAUUAUACACACCGGUUUCUCAAUGUAGAUACAAUGUAUUUCUCUCUUCCUCUCUAGGUGCAAACCCUCAGAUGGCCACUAGAGGUGCUUUGUGUCUACCCUCAGUCUCAACACUCUGCAUGGUGAUCGAUGCAGACACAUAGUGAUAGAAGGGUUACUCUAGUACCCAAACACCUGGAUUUAAAACCUAAUCUGUGCUGCUAACCUUGCAGCUUGUUGCUGAAAUCAGGGCCAAAUCAAAGUAUAGAAAACUUAGAAACCAAAUCAGUUUAACUAGAUGCCAAAUGUGCACAUGGGGUGUGUGGGUUUUUUUUUUUUUUCUUAAUGUUGGCAUUGACAAAGUGGAAACACUGUAUUCUUGUUGGUGCUUCAAAUAAAGUGUGGCAUUUAGUUACUCUUCCUAGGUUUCAAUCUCUGAGAGACUAAUUGAUUCAGUGUUUGUGCAAGGCAUACCCACCAGCCUCCUAAAUGCUUUCCUAUGGGGAAGCAUUGGAUGGGCUGAUAUCGUCAAAACUGAUCUCAACCACAGACUGGUAUGGGAGAAAAAGUGAUCAAAAUCACCUUGUUGGAGUGAUCCAAGCAGGUAUUAGAAUCAAUAAUACAUGUUUGUAUUUCUGACACUAGUGUUCCUUUCAAUAAACUCUCUGAAUUAAUGUCUGUAAUUCAAAAUGAAUCCUCGGCUGACCUGGUGGAAAUCUUUACUGUUUGGCUAUAGUCUCAGACAUUUCAAAUUCUGACACUUCUCACUGUAAUGCCAAAAGCUGCUGGUAGGGUAGCACAUUAAAAACCCAGGACAAUGGGACAGCACCUUAAAACUGCAUAAAUUGUUAGUAAGGCUCCUAAAACAUCUCAGUACAUGUCAGCUCCUGGCCACUGAUCCCUCUAAAAUAAAUGUGUCCCUCUUUGUCCGUUUGGAACUCUGUGUUCUGGAAGGGUUGUCUCCUGUGCACUUUUUUUAUUGAACGGUUUACAAUAUUCAAUAUCUUGACUUAUGGUCUAAAUCCCUUGCAGUUGUGGCUAUAACCUCUUCCUACUGACUUCCAGAUACCCUCCUGUUUGCUGUGAAGGAUUACGUUGCCAGAGCUGGAUUACCACCCAAGAAUCUUCUGGAUAACUUUGAUGCCAGAUCUAGCAUUGUAGGGAAGCUGAAUAAUGUCAGUAAGAUUGCUUUUAACCCAGAAGGGGUGCUGUUUGCUGUGCGUGGUACAGAGCUUUUCAUGGGAGCUAUGCCUUCAGAUCCAAACCUGGACUGGUUCUCGACUGCCAAGAGAGUGGGCAAAACUGACUGGGAUGGGUUUAAAUUCAUUUUCUUUGAUCCAAAUGGCCUUCUGUAUGCAGCUACCAAGAAAGGGGAGUUCUACAAGGGUCCAGCACCAAGCAAUGAAAACGUGUCCUGGCUUUAUGGCCAAGCCACCAAAAUAGGAACCGGCGGCUGGAAUGAAUUUGAUGCCCUUUUCUUUGACCCUAAAGGCAUCCUGUAUGCAGUGAAAAGUGAUGACAAGCUUGUGAUGAGGAGCCCUCCAACCAAACCAGACGAUAACUGGCUUGAUUCUAGCAAAACCACUGGAAAAGGAGGCUGGCGCAUCCUGACCCACUUCAUGGCUUUCACCCUAGAGUCAGACCUGUGGUGUGUGGAUUCAAAGAAUGGCAACAUCUAUAAAGGACCAGCCCCGACCAUUGCUGAUACCAACUAUAUUGAAAAGGCAGAGAAACUGGGCUGGGGUUACAAUGUCUACCCCAUCCUUUCCUUCACCAUUGAUAAAACCAUGCAGAGUAUUGUGAGCUUUGAAUUCUUGCCAGAUUCAGGGAAAAUCCUAUCCCAAGGCACAGAGGUGGUGCAGACCCAGAUCUAUAACAACAAGAGCAGCACUCCCUUAAAGCACACCUUCUCGUAAGUAAUGGAAACCUUAUUGUCCUGCUUGCUCAUGCCUGCUGGCAAUGCUUGUACUGGUGUUAGGAAGGUAAAUGCCUGCAGUGUAUAAACCAUACUUGGAAUGCUCAGGUCUGAGUGGUGGAUAGACAACAUCUCUAGUUAUAUUCCAUGAUCUAGAUGGCUGAAAUGAGACUGGGUAAGUAUGCCGAGGACAUUGAAGAAUAAGGGUGUUCAUAUGGCUUUUCCUUUCAGCCAUUUAGUAGAUGGCUCCCUAACUUCCCCCUCACGUAGCACUGCCAUGAAGGAGUAAUCUGCAAAACUGCACUCCCUAUGGUAUAAUGGGCCUAUGAAUUUCAGAAGGCAUCUUUAUUUUUAUUUUUUUCUCCUUACCACUUUCUGAUUUUUAAAACAAACUGAAAUUUGAAAUCUAGAUCUCAUUUUUAUCCUUACUCAAAAAAGCCAAACUAAUCAACUGGGUGGGUAUGAGUGGAGGUGGUGGUAAACUAGCCUGAGUCGUGAUCCAAAUAUUCCAGUCUAUCAAACUAUUAAUGACUGGCUUCUUUCUAGCUUCUCCAAAACUGUAACUGAGAGCAGCAGCUUCAGCCAGGAACAUGGAUUCACGGUGGCUGUUGGAGCUGAGAUGUCGUUUAAAGCUGGCGUCCCAUUCAUAGGGGAAAUGGAGACCAAGAUUUCCAUCAAUGUGAGCACAACUCAUACCUGGAAUUUCACCACAACCAACACUACACAGGUAAGCAUGGCUUGUAUAAUGGAAGGGAGAAGGUGGUAUCUGGUUUCUGAUUAUACUUGGCAUACUGACUAGUGUGAUAACAAAACCCACUCAGCUAUUGGGUUUAUUCUUCAACUGGCUUCAGUUUCUUUCUCGUGUCUCUCAAUGUAUGACUUGGAUCAACACUGGUUAAAGACAUUCUGACUUGGUAGUUGUGGGCCCUGUUACUGCUGCUCUAAUAAGGCAGAUAGCUGGGUAAGUACCUCGCUAAUUGGCCUUGGUCAGUGUACUCUUGCCCAACCUGCAUAAAAUACACUAUACAUACUUAUGCUGAACUGGUUAACUUGUAGUCUGGCAUGUUACAGUAAAUUCUCCUUCUCAAAGGGAUACUAACAAAACAACUUUAGCUUAAUGGUACAGUUUUUGGUGUAUAGAUCAUGCCCCAUAGUCUCAUUGCUAAAUCCUCUGCCAUUUAGGAGUUCAAUCACUUUGUUUAGAUUUUGGUUUCUGCAGAUAUAGCCACAUCUCCACUGGCUGUGACACCUGGUUUAUAUGCAAUAAAGGAAGCUCUAAUAUCCAAGCUUUGUGUUUGGAAAGAUUGUUUGACUCACAUGCUGGGAGGUGUGACUAGGGAUGCAUAAACAAUGAUUGAUCUCCUGAAUUGAGCAGGAAGACUGCAAGGGCAUGAUUUGUACACCAAAACUGUUUAAUUAUGCUAAAGCUGUUUUUGUGCUUGUAGUGGCAAAUGGUUAAUAAGAACCACACAUUACUGUGGUGUGCCUCUGUCAUCUCUCACCUACCUUCAUUGUACUGCAGUACAGAGAAGGAUUAAAAUAACACAGGGCCCUGAGUAGAUUUCCAGUCUGCCCCAUUCCUCCUUCAGCUUCUAACCUUCUGACUUAUUCUGCAGACUACCUUCUCAUCCAGCACAGAUGUGGAGGUUCCAGGUGGUCAUUCAAUCCGUAUGGUGGCAUCAGUGACAAAGGCAGAAAUGGAUGUACCGUUCAAUGCCAAGAUCCGCACCUUGUUUGGCUAUGAGACCACCAUCCAGGGAAUGUGGAAAGGGGUCACUCACUACAACCUGAUGGUCACCCAGGAAGACUACAAACCAUGA